AUGAGCGACCACGAUCUAGAAAAAACGCCCAGUGUGAGACCGGCGUCUUCGACGGAGAAGGCGUCCGGCGGGGAUGAUGCUGACGCUAUCAGAUUGGCCGAGAUGGGCUACACGCAGGACCUGCAACGUAACUUCAGCGUGCUGUCCCUGAUUGGCAUUGCCUUUUGCAUGUCGAACUCCUGGUUCGGCAUCUCCGCCUCGCUCAUCACGGGAAUCAGCUCCGGCGGCACGGUGCUGAUCGUGUACGGCCUGCUCUGGAUUACCUUCAUUUCGACGUGCGUGGGCUCGUCGCUGUCCGAGCUGGCCAGCGCCAUGCCCAACGCCGGCGGCCAGUAUUUCUGGGCCGACCAGCUCGCCCCGCGCAAGUGGUCGCGCUUUGCCUCGUACCUGACCGGCUGGUUCGGUUACGCGGGGGCCAUCUUCGCCUGCGCCAGCGUGGUGCUCAGUCUCGGCUCCGCGGGCGUCGGCAUGUGGCAGCUGGGCCAUCCUGAAUUUGUCCCGAAGCCGUGGCACACGGUCGUCGCGUACCAGGUCAUCAACUUCUUCUGCUACCUGUUCAACUGCUGGGGCAAGACGCUGCCGGCGGUGGCCAAGGCGACGCUGUACAUCUCGCUGCUGUCGUUCUUGGUGAUCUUGGUGACGGUGCCUGCGUGCGCCAAGACGCACGCCAGCGGCGCCUACGUCUUCGGCCACUUUGUCAACUCGACCGGGUGGAAAUCUGACGGCAUGGCCUUCAUCGUGGGGCUGAUCAACCCGAAUUGGAUCUUCGCCUGCCUCGACUCGGCGACGCAUCUCGCCGAGGAGGUGCCCCAGCCCGAGCGCAACAUCCCCAUCGCCAUCAUGGCCACCGUCGCCAUCGGCGCCGUCACCGCGUGGACCUACUGCGUGUCGAUGUUCUUCAGCCUGCAGGACAUCGACAAGCUGCUGAACACGGCCACCGGCGUGCCCAUCCUCGAGCUCUACUACCAGGCGCUCGACAACGUGCCGGGCGCGAUCGUGCUGGAGACGCUGCUGCUGGUGACGGGCAUGGGGUGCAUGAUUGCCUGCCACACGUGGCAGUCGCGGCUGUGCUGGGCAUUCGCGCGCGACCGCGGCGUGCCGGGGCAUCAGUGGCUGGCCAAGGUUGAUCCGACGCUGGAUGUGCCGCUCGUGGCGCACAGCGUGAGCUCGUUUAUCGUUGGGCUGUUGGGGUUGCUGUAUCUCGGGUCGUCGACGGCGUUCAACAGCAUGGUGACGGCGUGUAUUACCCUGCUGUACAUCUCGUACUCCAUUCCGGUGAUCUGUCUGUGGAUCCGCGGGAGGAACAAUAUUCCCCAUGGGCCGUUCUGGUUGGGUAAAUGGGGUGCGUUUGCUAAUAUCGUCACGCUGGCCUGGACGGUGUUUUGCCUGGUGAUGUAUUCGUUUCCGGCCACGAUGCCGGUGACGACAGGGAGUAAGUAG